UCUCUAGCUCGCAAAGCAUUGUGUGGCGUAGUAGAACAUCCCUGCUCUGUUUUUCUUCUCCUUGAUUAUACUCAUGGUGUAUCACGGCUUGAAUAUGUUCAUACUUUGUGCGCUUGGGGUUUUGAGUUCUUGAUAUUCGCCUGUUGACAUUAAGAAGCAAAAGUAAAUCACAGUACACACAAGGUUAUGAAACGCUCUAAUAGUAUUAUUUCCAUUGAGCUACUGUCACAUUGUCCAUUGAUUCUAUUAUUUGUGAAGCAGUUGUCUUUAGCAGCGUCCUUGUCGCCAGCGAUCGCUGGGUGGAUUCCCUGGAUACCUUUACUUUUAUCUAGAACACGUUUUAGCUGAUUAGAGGCUAAGUAACACACCAGGGUAAACGUGGAGUAAAUUAGCUAUGUGGGGUUUAAAGUUAACCAGAGUCUAGAUCAUUCGAAAUGCUAACUUAUUGCUGAUUCUAUUGAGCAAUAGAAUGGUUC